AUGCCUCCAGCUUCAGCCAGUCCCAAGUCCUUCGAGCAUGUUCUUCUCGACAACAUUUCUCUUGAUGACCAAAAAUGGGAGUUCAAUGUACCGCGACUACCAACAGCCGACUCGGCAAAUAAGCUGAAUUAUAUCAAAAUGGUCAGUCUCUCGACAAAAGAUUCGCGCCAUCGCCUUGAGCUCCGGUACGGGCCAGUAGACAUGAACCGCGCCAUUCAGGAUGUUUCCCUAGACAAAUAUCUGGUGGUGUCGCUCGCUGAGUUUCGUUCUAUCAAAAACCCCAAUUCUCCAUCCACGGUCGAAGGAGAUACCAGCAAGGUUAUACAGCCAACAACAUACAGAGAAUGUUCAGAAUAUGCUGUCAAGUUCCUUCGUACUGGAAUCAGCAUACAGGGAGUGCACUACAAUUUCUACGGCCACAGCAACAGCCAGCUAAAAUCUCGAACCUGCUACUUUCUAGCAGCUCCCAAAGAGCAAAUCAGUAAGAAGAUCGAAGGCCUAGGAGAUUUUACAAAGAUGAAGACGGUUGCAAAAAAAGCGAAGCGGAUUGGACUGCUCUUCUCAGUCGCCCGCGCGGCUAUGAAAGUAGACCCGAAAAAAGUCGAAGAUAUUCCAGACAUUGAAGUGGGAGACUACGUCUUUACGGAUGGCUGUGGCUUGAUUGCCCCAGCACUGGCCAAGGAGCUUUCAAGACGCACAAGGAUUAUUUUUCGCAACAUGAGAUAUACGCCUUCUGUCUUCCAGCUAAGAUAUCGCGGAUAUAAAGGAGUCGUCACUUUGGAUCCAACCAUGGCGAAAGGCGGAACUUGGCUCAAAAUGAGAAAGUCAAUGAAGAAGUUUAGUGGAGGCGACGACUUAUCCUUUUCCGUUGUAGAAUACUCAAAGCCAUAUGUAUUUGGGCAUCUCAACGACGAGGUAAUUGUGCUUCUGGACGCCUUGGGAGUUGACCGCAAGAUCCUCCUUCGAAAACAACAAGAGCAUUUCAAUUUUCUGGCCGAGGCCUACCAAGAUCCGCGAGCUGCAUUCAGAGUUCUCUGCCAUCUAGACAGGCCAGACCUUGCCGAGCGUGUCAUUAUCGAUUCCUUGGACUCUGUGCGGCCGUCAAUUAAUAGGCUCAUCAAUGCCGAGUAUGACAAGAUGCUAAACAAGCGUGAUGAGCAGAAAUGUCGCAUACUGAUCCCAAAGUCAAGACUCUUAUUUGGAGUCUGUGAUGCUUGGGGUGUCCUGAAACCGGGCCAGUGUGCUGUCAAAGUCACUAUGGAUGUGGACGGACUGCCUUAUGCCUUGAAAGGAACGAAAGUGUUGGUGACAAGAAAUCCUUGCUUGCAUCCGGGCGACCUACAGAAGCUUGAUGUUGUAGAGAGACCAGAGCUCGCACAUCUGGUUGACUGUAUCGUCUUUCCUACGACGGGACGACGGCCAGCGGCGGAUAUGAUGUCGGGAGGCGACUUGGAUGGCGAUACUUUUUUCGUGACCUGGGAUCCAGACAUCAUUCCGUCAACAAUCUCACAAGCCGCACAUUAUCCGGGAGUUCGUGAGCCUCUAAGAUUUGCACCCAUCACGGAUGAUGAUCGCUUACUCUAUUUUGCCAAAUACACAAACGCAUCGCUGGGCCGUGUCAAGAAUCUGUAUCUCCGGUGGGCGAGGGCAACAAACGCCAUGAGACCCGAGUGUCAAGAACUCAACCGACUAUUCUCUCAGUGCGUGGACGGUAACCGUAUCAAAGAUAGCCAGCUUGACAAAUUUGCGAAACCACCGGAGCCAGAUGCCGAGGCGCCUCCGUUUGUUCUCGACGAGCUUCACGAUGCAGCCAAGAACAUCAUUGCAAGGCAGAAGCUUGAGGCACGAAGCCGCACGGACAGCUUGGAAGGUUACACUCUUGAUGCGAUUCAAUUGCUGCUCUGUAGAGAUGACAUUGCCAUUUCUGAGGCUGAAUUGAUCAGGAUGGCAGUGAGGUGGUGCAGAAAAACAAAUACCCCCUUUUAUCAUUUGCUGCAUAUGUUCGACCUGAAUUCGCUCAAGUCAGAAGACAAAGCGUGGGUCUUGGCUCAAAUGCCUACAUAUGUUGAUGCUCCAAGCUUUGUUCUCAAUGCUCUUUGCUCUUCAAGCCUGCUCACUGAGGCGGAGCUAAAACAUUUCCAUCUUGACUAUCCAGGCAUGCACUGGAAACGAGUUUACACAACGGAGCAAGACAGACCCGCUACGUUCAUGGAAGCAACAUGCAGGAAUCUGGAACUAUUUCACAAAAAGAUGAUCAUCUUUAGGCCAAAUGAGCGACUGACUGUAGCCAUGUAUGUGCCGCAAAAGAUAACUCCAGCCGACGACUUUGUUGUUGGCAGCAAAGUUAGACUAUUCGCGUUUCCGCAUUCUCAAGGAAGAGAGACGCAGAGUCGUCUGUCUCUGCCAACGAAGAAAGAAUACCGACUCUACUGCGAUCCAACUACAUUGCAGCUAUUUGAGGGUAGAAGAGGCAAUACGUGGAUAUACAUUGGCCGUGGAGGAUCAAACGAUAGUACCUAUAGGAACGCGCCUACUGAGAAAGACCGUCGGAAAGCGAGGCAAGAUUCCGUAGACAAUGGUACGAAUUUUGACUUUAGAGCGAGCAUUGCGCUGGACAAGUUCAGUAAGAAUCUCCAAGGCCAUAUAGGGCGACUACAUAGACAGGGAAUAUCUGAUGCGGAGAUAUACAUCAUUAGUAAUAGAGACUUCAGCUCGAUGCGCAGCUUGGACCUAUGGGAGGACUACAUUGACACAGAACAAACUCUGCCUUUGUUCCCCCACGAACCCAAAGAAUACGACGUUCCAAAGCUUCAAGAUGUCGAUUGGUCUCUUGGUGCGCAGCCUCCGCUUGUGGUCGAAGUGGUGAAACGGGGUAAUAUAUCAGCCCUCCAGGAUGUAUUAGACGCUUCGACUCUACGCCAGCUUUUCCUUUGGCUGGUAGAACAAGAACAGCGAGGGCUGCUUAUACGUUGCUUCGAUCACUUGAUUACGAGCAUAAGAAGCGACAAAGUAAUGGCGCCGGCGGACACUCUUCGCACCAUGGUCGAAUUUACAGAAACAAUGCCGUAUGUCUCCGCCACGUUUGCUAAUCUGGGCUCGUGGAAAGACCUGCCAGAGGCUCUGGAUACCAUUCUUCAAAACGAGAGCUAUAUAUUGCUUCGCAGCAUUAUUCUCUCUGAAGCCGAAUUUGGUGAUUUGAUCUUGGUGCCUUUCCAUACCAUCUUGGAGAAUGUGGAAUUCCUUACGCUCCGCUCAUUUUCCGACCUUUUUGAGCUUAUUGCGCUUACAGUUCAUUCGCCGAGCACGGCCUUGGAUCUCCUCCUUGAAGGCCUCGACCAACAAAGCUCCAGGUUGCUAACGGGUCGACCAGCCAUCACUCAGCAUUUUGUCCACAAUGUUAUUGGAAUCGCCGUCGAGCAUAUUGGCGCUGUAAAAGAGGAAGCAAAAGCCAGGGAUGAGCUGCUGAGUAUCCAAAUCAUCAGCGACGACGAAAAGACAAGCAAAGGUGGAUAUGGCACUCGCGUCCAAGUGUCCUUCAGGAUAGAUGCCCCGGGCGGUUCUCCGUUGGCAAACACUCAUGUACGGCUCGUCGCGGCUAGUCCGCCUUCAAGUUCGAUAUUGGACGAGACCUAUUCGAUGGACGGCCUGGUUGUGGAGAGCAGGUCGGGCAUGGCAAAGAUAAACUGCCUCCAUCCUCCACCGUCGUACGCCGAGAAAUGUUCUUGGAUUCUGGAAGAAUGUGGCUUAUUUGUGACUGCAAAGACGAUGCUUGAUGCUGUACGGGAACUCGGAAUAUCAGAGGAUGGCUGUUGCGGAGUGAUUGACCAAAUCAUGGGAAUUCAGCCUCAACAUGUGGUCAAUCCACGAGCAGCUCACGAGGGCAGAGCUGACACCGACACUUUGAUGCCAGGCUUGACGUUGUCUGAGGCGGAUGCUUCAUUGAAUACAAGCCAAAGAUCAGCAGUGGAGGCGGCACAAAGGAACAAGCUCGUCUGUCUUUGGGGUCCUCCAGGAACCGGCAAGACACAGACCAUUGUCGCAAUCAUCAGAAGGCUUCAACAAGAUGCCAAGACUGAAAGGAUCCUAGUGACUGCCCCAACACACAAUGCCGUGGACAACGUCAUGAGAAGAUAUCUCACGCGAAUCAGCAAAGAAGGGCUCGCGCCAAACUCGCCCGAAACAGCCCCUCUGCGUGUCUCGACCGAAGUCCGAAAAGUAGGCGAGGAUUUGCGCAAAUACACAUGCGACGCCUUGGCCGGCCAAGAGAUACACUCCAGCCACGCUGCCCAGCGCCAGGCCAAGCAGCGUGUCAAAGCCGCCACAAUCAUAUUCACGACGUGCAUUGGCGCAGGACUGGGGCUGCUCCGAGGCCAAAUGUUUGACACGGUGAUUGUUGACGAGGCUUCGCAGCAGACAGAGCCUGCGUCGCUCGUGCCGCUUGUAAAGGGGUGUGAAAAGGCGAUCCUCGUGGGGGAUCAUGUCCAGCUAAGGCCUACGGUGCAAGAGUUUUCGCCGGCACUCGGAUUUGACGUCUCGUUGUUUGAACGGCUGUAUACUCGACAGGGAACAACGCCUGGAAUGGCAAAGAUUAUGUUGGAUACACAGUAUCGGAUGCAUCCCUCCAUCUGUGGCUUCAUCUCAAAGGAGUUUUAUGAAAAAAGACUAUUGUCCGGGCUAAAGGACAGUGAUAGGCCAAUGUCGCCUUCCGCCUUUCCUUGGCCAGCAUCUUCGACCACCACAAUCUCCUCGUCGUCUGCCUCUCGGAUGCUCUUUGUCGAGUGCUCUGGGAGGGAGGAUCUGGGGCACAAGUCCAAAUCCAACAAGGAGCAGGCAGACGUAUGUCUUUCAAUCUGCAAGCUCCUACGUUCGGCCCCAGCGGCUCCGGCAUCUUCUGCUGAAAACCACAUCAAUGGCGCAAAGCCCGCCGACGUCAUGAAUAAUGAUACUACAACGUCUAUAGCCGUACUGACGCCCUAUUCACGGCAAUCGGAGAUUCUCAAAAAGCUGCUUUCGGCGAUCCCAAACGCCGAAGUCUCCAGCAUUGACGGCUUCCAAGGGCGCGAAGCCGACAUUGUCAUCUUCGUCACGGUCCGCUGCAACGAGAGCCGCGAGAUUGGGUUCCUCAAGGAUCUGCGUCGCAUGAAUGUGGCGCUUACCAGGGCGAAGCUGGGGCUGAUAAUUGUAGGCAACAGGGCGACUCUGACGGGAGGGAGCGAGGAGGAGGAGAGCACAGGGGUGUGGAGGAGACUUAUGGGACAGCUUUCUAACGUUGCUCUUUGAGAAUCUAUGUACGGGGGAAUAUAUAAAGGUUUAUAUGUAUGAAGACCAGAAGCUCCCUCACAACGAGCAGUAGGGAAUUUAAAAGGGCAAGCGUUAUCAUGAAGUGCUUACGGAUUGAAUAUCCGGUGAAAGCUUGACUUGGCCAUUGCCUAGAACCAAGCCGUGCAACUUCCGAUCAUACUGGCCCAUAGGCACCGGCUCAUCUUUGAUGGGAUCGAGAAGCUGCUCGGUGAGAGCCAAACCGUAGAAUCUCAACACAGGGCCGCUGCUGCCUUCACCUUCAUCAUGAGGCUUUGCAGCCAAGUACCUGUUGAGGAAGAAAUCGUAGAAGCCCUUGCCGUGGCCAAGCCUCCGCACACAGCCCCCAUCAUCGGUAUCAAAGGCGACGCCCGGCAUGAGGAUGAGGUCCAAGGUAGCCUGGCCUGGCUUGAGCACGUCUGACCCGCCGAGGAUGCGCUGCCGCCGAUGCACCGUAGCAGGAUCUAUGCUGGGAAUGCCCCAAGAAUCUCUCUGGAGGCCGUCAUAGUCUUGGACGUCUUGCAGCUGCACCAUGUCCAUCACACGGGCUGGAGUGCCGGGCUCAUCGAGAGGCGACUUGUGCAGGUAUGGCACAAAG